GCUUCUGGCUCUGUCGUCAUACCAAAACAGUUAGAAGACGCGGUUUGAGACGCUUGCUGAGUAAAACAUCAAAACUACUAGCGUCAUACUCUACAGCUAGCUAUAUUUUACGAAAUCGUAACAUUUGUAAACAAGGCUGUUCUGGCAGCAGAACUUCGAAAUCGGAAACCCGCAAACGCAUUCACAGGGGAAAUAUUUGGCAUAAACAUACGACAGCUUAGCUAACUAUCUAAUGCUAGUUAGUUAACGUCGUUCACCAGAAUUGAACACCUAGCUACGGACCUUCAAAAUGCAAUGUUGUGUUUGGGGGUGCAAGGCCCAAUAUCGGAAAGGAGGAGGGUUAGGGUUUUUCCGAUUCCCUACUGGAGAGAACGAAAUUGCUCAAAGUCAAAGGAAAACUUGGAUAAAAAUGGUGAAGAUUGAAAACCCCGAACCAGAUCUGCCUUCCCGUUUGGGUGGUAAAUUGGUACUCCAAAUGGGAAACGACUGGCACCCUACUACCUCCUCUCGCAUUUGUGGGAGGCACUUUGUUUUAAAAAAACCAAACUUACAUCCGGACCACCCUGACUUUGCCCCAUCCCUCUUCCUUCGCCCAGAGGACAAUGCCUUGAGUCCGAACACAGCUCAAACAGAAGGGAAAAGAAACCUGCAGAGCUAUGACAGGGCAGUGAAGAAGAAGAAGUGCCUUGACCUUAGUGAGGUUGGAGGUGCUGACCUGAGGGACAGUUAUGCUGACACCACAGAAGAAACUGAAGAGCAGGACCUGGGCACCUGUGUAUCGUGUGAGGUCCUGAGGAAGUCCUUAAAUGAUUUGCAGUCCAGGCAUGAUGCUCUGCAAGUCGAAACUGUCAAUCUCAGGGCGGAGAGAGACUUUUACAAAGAUAACACUCAAUCCUCUCUCUUUGCUGACACCUUUACAGACAGAGACAAUCAAAUGCAUACCGUGAGAGAAGUGCCAAGCAUGGCUAAACCAAAUGGUAUGAACCAACAAUGUACUGGGAUGGUUGAGGAGCCAUGUCUUAUGGAGGUUGAGGGGUCAUGUUCUGUGAAGGUUGAGGAGCUUUGUCCUGUGAAGGUUGAGGGGGACUAUGAUCAAGUGUUGAUUAAGGAAGAGGAACAACAGGUCCAAAUAGAACUUUGUAGCCCGUUGGCUAGUCAGGACAAAGUGACCAAUGUCUCUCGCAGGUUGCCAAUUCAUGUCCCCAAGGAUAAAACUAUCCAGCUUGCCAAAGCCGUAGUAGAAAGCCACCUAAUGACGAACCAUCUGCCUGGCAGCCAAACCACUGCUGAGCCUUUGCAGAAGACUCCUCUGUCAGCUCAAAGGACACCUGUUGCAGGCAAACAAAUUCAGAGAAGCAUAACACACACAGAGAGGGAUGAGUUGCUUUGGCUGGGCUACAUGAAGUGGAAUGUGCGUCUUCCUGCAAGCACAAUUAGAACCGCACACAAGUUUCAGACGCCUAGGGCAACAGUGCAAUACCUUCUACACGCGGUCUUCUCCCAAUGUGAACUCGCCACCAGCAAUCUCAAGGGCAUCCCUGCACUGGGCCUUAACAAACUGGACCCGGACAAACUUUCUGCCAUAAGACAGUUUGUCACCACCAAGUUUCGCCGUUUAGACAUGCGUCAAUGUGGUAAAGACUGGGUCAAGUGCCGGCGCCAGAUAACCAGCAUGCUCAGGAACAUUCGGAAGGAGGACAGGAAGACGAGGGGGCUCUCAGGAAACCUUUGUAUGAUAGAGAAGGUGUUAACGGAUCAGAGUUUACCCAGUCAGCCAUCGCCUCCCUCAUUCCCCUCGAUCUCCCAACAGCACACAGCUGCGUUCUACAACCCAAUAGAAGAAGAAGAGAUCCUCUGUCUGGAGAGUUAGGUUACACAAUAUCUGUAAUGAUGUUUGCAUUUUCUUGUAAUAAACAGUUUGUUGGGAGUAAAAAAUAUAA